CGAACCUGAAUAUCCAAGUUUCGACACGAAGGUUCGGUUCAGUUGACAGUUAUCAACAUAGACGCUUCAGCAUACUCGUUCGGGGUAUCGAUUUGCACGUCGUUACAUUUUAAGUCACUAACUGCAGACCUGUCAUAAGGAAUUGGCGUGAGGGUGUCUGCAGAAUCCAGUACAUAAUUAUUGAAUUUGGGCUCACAGCAUCCAGGCAGCUGCUGUGUAAAUUUGCCCAGUCUGUUUGACUGCCAGUCUCCUGUAGUUGAAGCGAGCAAAGGUAUCCGAAAGAGUCUGGAGAUAUGGACCAGAAUAACAGCAUACCAGCCUUUCAGGGGCUGGCAUCCCCUCAGGGUGCCAUGACGCCAGGAAUGCCAAUCUUCAGUCCUAUGAUGCCAUACGGCUCAGGCCUGACACCCCAGCCUGUCCAGAACACCAACAGUCUGUCUAUUCUGGAGGAACAACAGAGGCAGCAGCAGCAGCAACAACAGCAGCAGCAGCAACAAGCACAGCAGGCCAAUACAGGUCUGCCAGGAACAUCAGGUCAGACUCCUCAGCUUUUCCAUUCCCAGACAGUAACAGGCACAACUACCACAGCACUGCCUGGGAACACGCCACUCUACAACACACCAAUGACUCCCGUCACCCCUGUCACACCAGCCACUCCAGCCUCCGAGAGCUCUGGAAUAGUGCCACAGCUACAGAACAUUGUAUCUACUGUGAAUCUGGGCUGCAAAUUGGAUUUGAAAACUAUUGCCCUGAGAGCCAGAAAUGCAGAGUACAACCCAAAGCGUUUUGCUGCAGUAAUCAUGAGAAUACGAGAGCCCAGAACCACUGCACUCAUCUUCAGUUCAGGAAAGAUGGUCUGCACUGGAGCCAAGAGUGAGGAGCAGUCGAGAUUGGCAGCCAGGAAGUAUGCACGUGUGGUCCAGAAGCUUGGGUUUCCUGCUAAAUUCUUGGACUUCAAGAUUCAAAACAUGGUGGGCAGCUGUGAUGUGAGGUUUCCCAUACGGCUAGAGGGUCUGGUUCUCACACACAAACAGUUCAGCAGUUAUGAGCCAGAGCUGUUUCCGGGGCUGAUCUACAGAAUGAUCAAACCUAGAAUCGUCUUACUCAUAUUUGUUUCUGGCAAAGUUGUGCUUACAGGUGCCAAAGUGAGAGGCGAGAUCCACGAGGCAUUUGAAAACAUCUACCCAAUCUUGAAAGGCUUUCGUAAGACAUCUUAGACCUCACCAGCUGCUUGUGCCCUACAGCCUCCUCAAACUGGACUCUUAGUUGUUUGUUUAUCCACAUUGAAAUUGCAACUAUUUGUUGUUACCUACAGGUACACAGAACCAGACCCCCACCACACACCCUUUCUUAAGGCAGAUAUUGUAACACAGUUCUGGAUUAUUGUGUUUUUCAGACUGUCAGUACCCCACGCCACCCAUCACCUUAUGGCUGGUCGCAGCCAGUAUUUUACAUAAGACUGUAAGAAAUUGUACAAACUGAGGAAUGCCUGUCCAACCCGGACUUUUUUUCUGUAGUUUUUGUAGUUAUUGUACAGGGGUUUUUUUGUUGUUGUUGUUGGUUAUUGUUGUUUUUUGUUUGUUUGUUUGUUUUUAAACUAAGUCUCCUAGCUGUAUUUACGCAGGUUUGAGGCUUAUUCUCACAUUCCUGUUGGACUGAGUGCUCAAAUUUUAGAUCAUCAUGAUUGUAAUGUUUUAUCCACAAAUGAUUGAUGUUCAAAAGAAAUUGGUUUGGUUUAAUCCCAGUCAUUCAUUCUUACAAUGGAUGUCUCAAUUUGAAUUUUACUGAGCUGUUGUAUAGGUCGAUCUUGUUUGAGUAAUUGAAGAUUAAUACUUUUAAUUGAAAAC